AUGGUUAAUAAUGCGUCCAAACGGUGGCCAAAUCACGACAUAUCGACGCUAAAACUCUUGCAGUUAGUGCACAGACACGGCGAGAGAUCGCCCACCAGUUUUCCGCCCAACGAUCCCUUCAAAAACACCAAAUAUUGGGUCGAAGGGAUCGGCGAACUGACCACUAAAGGCAAGUAUCGUAUGUAUAAAUUGGGAGAAUUUAUACGACAAGAAUAUAACGACUAUUUCGGCGACAAAUACUCGCCCCGAGAGGUAUACGUCCGGAGCUCUAUAACCGAUCGGUGCAUCGAAAGCACGUCUAGUCUAUUGGCCGGCCACAUUUGUCAUGCGGCGAGUGGUGAGGGCUGA